AUGAAGGCGCUUCUCAUCGCCAUCUUCCUCUUCCUCCACGGUACGCAUUUCACUGUUUGAACCUGUUUGGACUUCUGCUUUCAGCUCCACUCAUUUUCUCUUCGAACAGAGGUUUGAUAACAUCGGAGAAUGUGAAAUAUUUAAAUCAACAACGGAGGGACGCUGCUCUCAGCCUUCGUAUCGCGAACAUGCACGAGCUCACUUGGCACGAAGGACUCGUCGAGAAAGCAAAGGCGAUGCCGAAAAAUUGUAAUGAAUGGCGAGCCGGCGCCGACUAUCGCUUCGUUCCACUUGCUGAUAUUGAUGAUAAGAUAGCAAUAGGUCACAGGCGGCUCGUUGAUGCGGUUACCGGAAAAGAACACGCCGAAAUUUCGGAUUUAAAUGUGGACAACAUUAAAGAGGCGGUUCGGGCCCACGGACAAAAACUCCCGACGAUCUUAAAUGCUGAAUAUUAUUAUCCGCUGCAGACGAAAAUCGGAUGUGCUGAAAUUAAAUGCGAAUUGGCGCUUACUGGAACUUGGGGAAAAUUACUCUCAACGGACCCCACUGCUCCGCCUUCAGAAAAGACUCCGUUGAUUGGAGUUUGUUUGUUGGGACCCAUGUAAGCCAAUCCGACAUUUGACGCGAGUCAAUCAUAAUUGCUAUUCAUUCUUUUCAGUGGAGCUUUCAAAACGGAAGACAUCAAAGGAGGACUCCCCGGAUCGGCUUGCCCGAACAAGAAGAAUACCAGAGGACUGUGUUCAGUUUUACCAAAGUCAGUUGGAGGAUUGCGAAUGACCUUGUUAGCUGAUGGUUUCCAGACGCGAAAAUCAGAAUGGUGGCGCCGCCACUGGCGCGGUCAAACCGGAGACGACUACCUCCUCCUCAUCUCGUCUUUUCAUCGCCUUCAACAUUCUGUCGUACUUGCUGCUUGUGUGCAUUCUCUGA